CAUAUGAGAGUUCAACACCUGAUUCCUUUCUGCUGGUGUCUCAGAGUCAAAGAUGAAAAAUCAGACUUCACAUUUCUCCUUGAGAUACUCCACAAUCUCCUGUUGCAGUUUAGAAGAUGAAUCGUGUGGAGGAAAUCUGAUCCUCAUCAUCAGGAUGAAGGAGGAGCUCGCGUGGAGGAAACCUGAUCUUCUCUCAUCAUCAUCCUCAUGAAGGAGGAGCUCGGGCUCAUUCACGCGCUCUUGAAGAACCAGACGAGUCACUUCACGCGCGGAGCGGCUCUUUAAACACACAGUUUACACAGACUGAACAUAAAUAAAACACUUCUCUGUCGAGAUCUUACAGCAUGUUUGGUGUAUGUGAUGAUGCGACGGGUCAGCCGGGUGUGUGGAAAUGUUUCACAUGACCCCUGACCUCUUGACCCAGUACAAGACGCCGUCCCCCUGAUCCUGAAACCAUGGACGUACACGUGCACCGGACGCCUCACUACGGGCUGAACGACCGCCAGCCUGAGGAUGAUCUACAGUUCCUCAGUCUUGAGGAGCGGGAGUGUAUUUUGUUCUUUGAGGAGACCAUCGGUUCUCUGGAGGAGGAGCUCGAGAAUGAUGGAGCGGGAAGGUUGGCACAAAGGCGCACACCUGCAGUGAUGCGUCCGGCCUCGUAUGAGAGAGACCAUGACAUCAUUGAUCUGGUGCACACUACACCUGAAGCCAAACACACAAACAUCAUGCCAGAUUUCCAGAAGCUGAUUGUACCUCCAGAAACCCACUAUGAGAUGAAGCCCCGCCGUGAGCCCUUCAUGAAUUUCCCUCCAGAGCUGAACAUCACAUCUCCGGCAUCAGAGGAAGGUGGACACCUGCCACCACCCGGUUCCAUUCCCACCCCCGUCGUCAUCGCUAGUAAGAUCGCCGAGCACCAGGGUGUGAACUGUGCAUCCGCAUCGCCUUCGGUUCUGCUUCAGCGCAGGCUCAGUCUGGAGUUACCGCAGAACCCCGUGACCAAACACGGCCCUCCGACUCACGCCAAGCCCACGCACCUACCCGACAACAUCAGUUUGUUGCUCGGCAGCCGGGAACACAUACCUCAUUCCAUCGCCACGGAAGCCGUCAGCGUGCAGGAGCGACGGGCCCAGAUGCUAGCUAACCUCACCGGCUCCGCACACCCUCUGGAUGGCGGAGAGCCGUCCUGCGUCCGCAACCUUCCCACGCGAAGCGUGUCGUUCCGACAGCCGACGCCAGACCAGUCCAGGAUGGAGGCCCUGUCGAAGCUUGGACUGGCACAGAGACGAACGCAGUCGGUCAUGCAGCCCUCUGCAGACUUUAACAAAGACAGCAGCAGCGUUAGGACGGCUCUCAGGAGUAACAGCACAUCAACGUACACCCUCAGCAGUGUGAAUGAGCCUACAGUUGCUAGUAUGCCUUCACAAAUUGCUAACAUGGCCAUCAAUCAUAAGAAUGGCAGUACAUCCAAAGUUCACGGCAUGGACACCACCGACUACUCCCAGAGCCACAGCACCAUGGACAGACAGGACAAGUCUAGUCAAUCAGCAGCGUUAACAAGUGCCGAGAUCAGACACAGUGAUUUUAACAGCUAUGGUGGGAAGAGCAUCAUAUUAAACCCCACGACAUCCUUCAAAUCCGGCCAAGUCCCACAUCACAACGCCACAUCGCCCAAAUCAGAGACCCCAGAAGUCCAGCUCAAUAGCUUCGGUGGUUGGUCCAGAGUCAUGAACCCAUCCGUGGCACACAGUGACGAGCCAAACCCUGCAUACAGCAGCUACAGCCAAUCACCACCCAACACGAGUCGCAUCAGCCCACCGAACACUUAUGGAGCCAGAUCCAAGACCUUCUCACAAGUCAAAGAGGUUAGCAUAACCGCAGACGAAGACUCCCCUACAAGAGAUGUGGUGUCCCUACACCCCAAACCACCUUUCCAUUCCGCUGUGUCCAGACCUGCUGAACAAUCUCCCUCUACAGCCCCGAGACCUCCACGUCACUCCGGGCCUGUGAGCCCCACCAAGCCAAGAGCCAGUCCCACGUCCCCAGAGAUACGCCGCAAACCUACAGCGAAACAGUCCUUCCGCACGCAGGGAAUAACAGUCCAGUUCUCUGGGAAAGGAGCCACAGAUGAAGCUAGACGUGAUGCUUUACGCAAACUCGGACUGCUGAGAGGAAGCCCUUAAAUGUUCAUGCGCAAAUGUCAAUUAAGUUGUGGCCAAAUGGUACUAGUCUGUUUAUACUGUUUGUACAAAAGUUCCAUUUAAAGUGACAAAAAUGUCUGUAAACACCCAGUGAGGAAACUUUAUAAGGUGUCACUUGUUUAUAUGUUGCUUAGUAAAAUAUUUUACUAUGUAGCAACUUUUCUAUGGGUGUCAAAUGAGCAACAUGCAAUAUGCGACCCAAUACUGGUGUGGUUUGGGCACCUGUCUAGUAGGGAUUACCCAGAGCCCCUGGAAUAAAUUACAUUUAUCUUGUUUUUGUGAUUUGUGUAGAAUGAAAGUAACAUAGAAAACUAACCUAAUCAAGAAUAUUUAUUUGGAAGACACUUUUAUGUAAAACAACACAGUGUCUUUAAAGUAUAAAUGUAAUACUUCUCUGGGAUCAAACCCCCGUCCUUGGUGUUGUCACCACCAUGCUCUACCACAUGAGCCACAGAACUUCAGUGCAUUUGGUUUGUUCUUCUAGCUCUGUCCUCAGCCUGCAGCCUCCGGUGGUGCAGUGGUAGAACCUUUGUAAUCUAAACCUGAGGUCUAUAGUUCUAACCCCGGUGAGCCUGCUGUGUACUUUGUUUUGUCAUUGGAUGCCAAUUUCGAAAGACAAAUACGCCAUGAGAUGUGUGGUUGGUGUGUAGGCUCCAGUGGCUUGAUGCCAGAGAGGCGGUAACGUGAUCCAAAGGUCCAGGGUUCUAGCCCAGGUCGCUGUCCUACCCAGAACCACAGAGGGGGGGGUUGUUUGGGUUGUGUCCCCCCCCGGGUUUCGGGAGAAUGAACGCAGGGGUUAUGCGUCUCUUUAUUGUGCGAUGUGCGACGUAUAAUUAAUAUACUGAACUAAACUAAUACGCACUCGACGACUACUACAAUACGCAUCUAUAUGACACUUGCGACGACGACUAAAUUGUGGCAUUUAUCUAUACUAGACACUUUUUUUAUCAAUUUUGUUUUUAAGUGUUUUUUGCGUUUAGUUUAUAGUAUGCAUAGUAUGCAUACUACCUUUAUCGGAUUAGUUAACUUCCAAACGUUCCUUAUUUUAGACUAUUUUAGUGUGCAAAGUAUGCAUACUACUUUUAUCGGAUUAGUUAACUUCCAAACGUUCCAUAAUUUUUGACUAUUUUAGUGUGCAAAGUAUGCAUACUACCUUUAUCAGAUUAGUUCCAAACGUGCCAUAAUUUUAGACUAUUUUAGUGUGCAAAGUAUGCAUACUACCUUUAUCGGAUUAGUUAACUUCCUACAGUUUUUUACAUUGUGUUUUAGUCUUUUUUGUAUGCAUACUACUAAAGUUUUUUAGUUUAAAUAUUUAUUGUUGCUUGUAUGUCAACUAUGCAGAUGUAGUAUGUAAAGUAUGCAGUUUUUUACGGUUUAGAUAAUUUCCUAAAGUUUCUAACGAGUAUGUAAAGCAUGCAAAGGCAGUAUGCCGUGUGGUUUAUUAAUACGUUUAGUCAACAACCCAAGAGAUAAAACAUUUAUAUAUAAUCAUCAAAGUGAGCAGUUUCUUAAAGUGCUUCUUUUUUAUGCCUUAUGUGUUUGUUUAGUUUGGUGUCACUUGUUUCAGAGCAGGUGGAUAUGAUAUAGUUACACAUCUUCAGGAAACAUUCUUUGUAGUGAAUUUGGAUAAAGAGAGAUUUACUCCAGUAAGCAUGGCAUGUAUGAGUUGACUUGGUUCUGUUUUUUUAUUUGUUAUUUACCUUAAUGUUUAAAGUCAUAUUGUUCCUGAUAUAAGAAUCAUCUGAUGGAAGCCAAUUUGAUCAGGUUGGUUCUCCGCUCAGGUGUAUGUAAUACCUCAUGUUAGUAAAUAUCUUCAUGUUGUCUGUAAGCAUGCUGAUAGUUCAUGAGUUUCAGCCAGUGAAUAAUAAUGUUGUAUUUAUUCUGUGAUGUUGAAUUAUGGGCACUGUUUUCUGCAUUCCUCUGCCGUGGACCACAGAGGAUCUCAAGCUAGUUUGAAGUCGAGAUCCUCCCACACUAAACCACAGACAUCUAAAUCUAGAUCCUGCUGUGGAGAGAAAAAUGAGUCUGGAAGCACUUGAGGAUAACAUCACCAGCAAGCAAAUGUGUGUGAUACAUCGACAGCUUCUGUUGUGUGUGGUGUGUAUUUCAGUGUGAAUGAGUUGAGUGAGUGUAAAAUGUUGUGUGAUUUGUUGUCGUUAUUUUUGUUUGUUUGUUUUGACUCCGGUUUUUUGCUUUCACUGAAGCAUUUUUUGAAGGAUACAGGAUGUGUGAUUGUGAACACAAUACACACACACACACACACACACACACACACACACACACACACACACACAGUAAAGCACACACUUUCUUUUCUCCUGUUUGUGUAAAUGUGAACACGGCUGUGUAUGUUAUGAACGCUUGUGUUUUUGAAUAAAGACUUGAAACUCA